AUGGCGGCGGAUCCUAAGCCGGACUGGCUCUCCUGCCUUCCCUCUUCUUGGAGUUAUGGGGUGACUCGGGAUGGACGCAUAUUCUUCAUCAACGAAGAAGCAAAGAGUACAACCUGGUUGCAUCCUGUUACUGGAGAAGCAGUUAUCACGGGGCACAGAAAAACUCCAGAUUUACCAACAGGAUGGGAGGAAGGAUACACAUUCGAGGGGGCUCGCUGCUUCAUCAAUCACAAUGAGCGGAAGGUGACCUGUAAGCACCCGGUGUCAGGCGUCCCCUCCCAAGACAACUGCAUCUUUGUCGUGAAUGAACACAUGAAUUGUGGAAAGCUUGUCCACCCUGACACGGCCCUAGAGGCUUCCAGCAGGCCAGACACUGACAAGAAGGAACGUCCCAUGAGCACCAUGAGCGAGGCUUCAAACUACACGGGUGGCUCCGACUACAGCACCUUCCCCGGCAGCCCUGUCACCACGCCCUCUAGGUCUUCCAAAAAAGUCCACAACUUUGGCAAGAGGUCCAACUCCAUCAAGAGGAACCCCAAUGCCCCGGUGGUCAAGAGCAACUGGCUUUACAAACAGGACAGCACAGGCAUGAAGCUGUGGAAGAAGAGGUGGUUCGUCCUGUCAGACAUGUGCCUCUUCUACUACCGCGAUGAGAAAGAGGACAGCAUCCUGGGGAGUAUCCUGCUGCCCAGCUUUCACAUCUCCAUGUUGUCGGUGGACGACCACAUCAGCAGGAAAUACGCGUUCAAGGCCACUCACCCCAACAUGCGGACAUAUUAUUUCUGCACUGACACAGCCAAAGAGAUGGAGUCCUGGAUGAAAGUGAUGACGGACGCUGCCCUCGUCCACACUGAACCAGUCAGAAGAUCAGACAAGUUGAAAGUGGACCAACGAACGCCUCAGGAGCUGAACAAUUUACUGAACCACAGAGUCCUGACCAGGCCAGAGAUCCAGAACAACGAACGCAACCGUGAACCUUUGCGACAACACUCCCUAUCUCGGGCCGACGACAAACGGCAGAAAGAUGCGGAGAAACACAACGGCCAGAGGGAGCGGGAGUACUACACCUUACAGAGAGACGGGGAGAGGUACUCUCUGAAGAAAGACGGGGUGAGCUACUUGCUUCAGAAGGAUGGAGAGAAGUACCUCCUCCACAAGGAUGGAGAGAGGUACUUGCUGCGGAAAGACGGAGAGAAAUACUCGCUGCAGAAAGACGGAGAGGUGUACGCCAUUCACAGGGAUCUGGAGAAGUACACUGUUCAGAAAGUGGACGAGAAGUACACGGUGGCGCCGACGGAGGAGAAAUACGCUCCGUCCAAAGACAGAGAGAAGUAUCUGCUCACGAAGGAUGGAGAAAAAUAUUACGCUACAGUCCGUGACGGUGAUAAAUAUGGCUUCCAGAGAGACCCCAGCGCAGAGAGGUCUCUGACUAAAAUCAGCAGUAUCAAGCUUCAGCCCGCUCAGGCCGCCGCCAUCGCGGCCGCGGUGUCUGCAUCUCGCCAGGGCCAGGCCAACCUCAACGUCCAGAAGCCUGCGCAGGUUAACGGCUCUGGGUCCGGGUCCGGGUCCGGGACAGGGGAGCAGACUGCAGACUGCAGCCCGGCAGAGGUGGAUGGCAGCCUGGCCCGGGGUCCAGUAACGUCCCCGGCUCCAGUGCAGGAGCCAGAGAGGGGCCUGUCCAGGACUAGCUCCAUGCAGCAGUUGGAGCACUGGGUCCGCACACACAGAUCAAGAGGACUGGAUGAUGACACCAGGAGCGUUACAUCCUACCAGACCUUACCCAGGAACAUGCCCAGCCACCGUGCUCAGAUUGUUCCCCGCUACCCAGAGGGCUAUCGCACGCUGCCCCGCAACAGCAUGAUGAGGCCCGACAGCAUCUGCAGUGUGGCGGGCUCUGUGUAUGACCGCGCCCUCCGCCCUGCCUCCACCUCCUCCGUCACCACAGCGGAGAAGAGGAGGUCGAUGAGGGAUGACACCAUGUGGCAGCUGUAUGAGUGGCAGCAGAGGCAGGCCUUCUCCAGGCAAACUGUGGGUCACUAUGGCACCCUGCCCAGCACAAAGACGAUGGGCAACAUCUCUGAACAUGCCAUGACGCACUCCAUCCCCACUUCACCGUCUCACGGCUCCCUGGCUCUCUAUAGCACCUUCUCCCCUCCCCGCCAGCAGGUCGCCCACAACCCCACCAACUCCCAGUCCGAGGUGUCCUCACCUGUGUUCAGGGGGGACGUGACGCUGGACCGCCGACAAAGGACACAGCUCGCCAAGUACGGCUACCCAACUGACCGGCGAUCCAUUGCAGCUGGCGUCCCUCCUCAGACCAUCACCCCACAGUCCCUGCAAGGCAAGACGCCCGAGGAGCUGACCCUGCUGCUGAUCAAGCUCCGCCGGCAGCAGGCGGAGCUCAACAGUCUGCGGGAGCACACAGUAGCUCAGCUAAUGGCCCUGGGUAUGGAGGGGCCCAACGCCAAGACUGAUGUUCUUUCCCAUCACCUCCAGAGGAACCUUAUUUACCUGGACAGCCAGACGAAGGAGAAUGAGCCUCUAAUCUUCAUGAUUCACACUAUGAUCGAGAACUCAGCGCCAAGGCCACAACUCUACCAGCAACAGAUCAGCCCAGACGACUUUAAAGAGGGCGCCCUCGUCCAGCGCACAGAGGAGGCUGACAUAGAUACCAAGCUGAGCAGACUGUGUGAGCAGGACAAGGCGGUGAGGAUGCAGGAGGAGAAGCUGCAGCAGCUACACAGAGAGAAGCACACUCUGGAGACGGCCCUGCUCUCAGCCAGUCAGGAGCUGAGUGAACAGAGCGGCUCCAGCGCUGCAGCCACACAGAGUCUGGUCCAGCAGAGAGACGUGCUGCAGAACGGCCUGCUCAGCACCUGCAGAGAGCUGUCCAGAGUCAACACUGAGUUGGAGCGCUCCUGGAGGGAGUACGACAGACUGGAGGUAGACGUCACUCAGGCCAAGUCCAACCUGCUGGAACAGCUGGAGGCCCUGGGCAGCCCACAGACAGAACCUCCAAGUCAGCGGCACAUCCAGAUCCAGAAGGAGCUGUGGAGGAUCCAGGACGUGAUGGAGGCUCUGGCCAAGAAUAAACCACAGCGAGCCACAGACAACAAUUUCCCCGGUUCCAAACCUCUCUCCAGUCUCCAGAAGAACGAAGAGGGCAACACGCCCGUGCCCCCGCGCCCGCCCCUCCCCCAGUACUACGACUCAUCAGAGCGCCCCCCUCACGUGCUCCCCCACCACUCACACCCCAGCAGCCGUCUGCCCCCCCACACGCUCCGCCCCGAGGACCGCAAGGCCGGCUCCAGGAACGGAGCGCACAGCCAAGCUCCAGACUAUCGGCUGUAUAAGAGCGAGCCUGAGCUGACCACAGUGAAGGAGGAGGUGGACGAGGCCAACGGUGAGGACAAGGACAAAACAGAGGCUACUGCUGAGAGUAAAGACACUGCAGCCUCAAAAGUGCCCCCCUACCCGGUGGGUAUCGUCCCUCCAAGGACCAAAUCUCCUAUGAGCCCUCCUGAGUCCUCCACCAUCGCCUCCUACGUCACCUUGAGGAAGACCAAGAAGUCUGAAUCCAGAUCAUUUGCUCCUGUGCAGGACCGUCCCAGGAGCGCAGUGGAUCAGAUCGGUUUUGGGGAGCGAGAGGUGGGCAGAACGAGGAUGAGUGUGGAGGAACAGCUGGAGAGGAUCAGGAGAAACCAGGAGGCCUCGUCGCUCCGAGAGAAGAAGAGGGAAACGCCAUCCCGCUCACCCUCCUUCAGCAAAGACAACCCCUUUGUUAUCUUGCAGACCCGGGCCCAGGCAGAGGGUGCCUGUGCAGACCCUGUGGAGCUGGAAGCAGCUCUGCAGCAGCUGAAGGUGGCUCACAUGGAGCAGAGCAGGACAGCUGAGGCUGCUGGGACUCGCACAGAGAGACUCACACCGACUGCACCAAAGGAGCUGCUGAGAGCAGAGGAGGUGAAAGAUGACAAGUGUGAGGAGGUACAGCAGGGCAGGGCUGUGACCCUGCGGAGUGUGAAGGAGCCGCAGGCUGAGACCAACAGCAUAGACAACGAGCUGUGUGAGAGUCAGAGGGUGGUGAUUCUGGACCUGGGCACAGAGCCUCAGCGUGUGGAGAUAGUGAACCUCGAGCCCUUUGAGGAUGACGAGAGCAGGGAGCAAGACCUGACGAGCUCACCUACAAACACCACCACUGAAAACAGCUUCCAGACUCCUGAGCCUGAGACGCCCAGCCCAGAGCCCAAGGAGGAGGAGGGAGACAUGACGCAGCAAACCACCAGAGAGGGGAAGCUGGAGAGGAGCCUGGACUCUUACAACCAGUUUACAGCAGACGACAAGAAACACAACAACAACAACAACAACAUGUUGGCUUCGCAGACAUUCACCUUGGUGAGCAGCGACACGUGAGCGACGCCGGCCUUGACAUCCACACUGGCAUCCCGUAGAGCCCAAAUGUAGCCAGCCUGCACAGAGCAUGCUCCACGGCUUCCUGCGUUUACAACAGAACUACUUUGAUACUACUGUUACAUGCCCACAAGGAGACUGAGACCGAGAGGAUGACGGGCCCCCCCUCUAACGGACUGAACAACACACAGACGGGCCGCCAUCACAUCCAGACAGAGAGAAAGGCAGAUGUACUGUAUCUUUAGCACCUAUUAGAUCUGUUCAUACUGAUGUUUCCUGAAGCUAAACAUUAAAUCCACGUUGUCAUAUUUAUCCCAAAACUUUUAUGCAUAAAUAUAAGAUUGUGAAAUGGUUUAGUUAUAAAGGAGGUUACAGAUGUUACAGAUGUCUGAGCAAGGGCAGGAAUGUUCUGUAUACAUUUAUAGAGAUAAAUCAGUCUGACGUUAACAUUACAACACUCUUUUUGUUCCUAAUGAGUCGCCAGCUAUGCAGGAAAUCAUCAGCCACACACGGUUCAUUACUGAAAGAGAUGUGUCAACUGAUUUCUUAAACUACUUGAUCUGCAUGACAGUCGUCCCUCCAGCCCUGAACGUAGGUAACGAGUGAAUAACAAGUGUGUAUUGUACAGGGUUAGUGCUACAUCUGUUUCAGCCAGCUGUACCGGUUCACACCUGGAGGCAGGUCUAUCCAGUACAAUCACAGUCUGAACGGUUGGUCACUGGAGCGGUUGAUUUUGUCCUCUGGCUCCUCAGCAGUGGUAAUGAGGGUACCGGUCUCCGCUUUGUGUCUUGGUUCCAAUGCUGUUUGUGGUCUCUUCUGUUCCCUCUGAUUUUACAGGUUAGAUUUAAUAACAAACUCAGACUCAGGCUGUUGUUUGCCUUGGAGAAAGCACUGUUUCUCUUCCUGAAUCUCCCCAUUUGAGAGUGGGUAAUGGUUAAACAUCAGCUAUCAAACAUCAAUUAAACAACCUCACUCACUACUGUCACUCACUGGUACAAGUAAUGGGCCCAGUAGAGAAAGAUGAAAAAUAAAACAAAGGCACUGACAUACAUGUUUCACAAUAUGAAUUUUUCUUCAUUUGAAGGAUUUACUUCACGGUCUGUGACGCAUUCUCAGUGGGUGUUGGGCUCCACCAGGGAAACCCCACAGUUUCUGUUUUUAUUUUGAUGGACAGAAUCUCUAGAAAGAUGUCGGGUAAUGUGCGGUAGUUCUGUUGGUUUUUUUAUCAGACCAUGACCCGCAGCGCCCACUGGGACAGUUUACAGCAGAGUGCGAAGCAGCUGGUUUUAGAGUCUGAGAGCGUGGUGCACCGCUGGAAAAUAGAGUGAGCCAACAAAAUGAGUUCCCCUGGCAGGGCGGCCGGGCUCAUCCUGAGAGAGAGGACGAGGAGGACUGGAGUGAAACCAGUGCUAUUUCCUAUAGAAAGGAAGCAGUUGAGGUGGUUCAGGCAUCUGAUUAGGAUGCAUCCUGGACAUCCUGAUCUUUAGUGAUCUUCCGGGCGUGUCCAACUCAAAGGAGGUCAUUAGGUAACAACAUACACAAGAGAACAGUUAAUCCCUGCAACACUAUGACUGAGAUGGCGACAUCUGGUCAGGAAUAGGACACUUUUUCCAUUUCUAUGGGCUGCAGUCUUAUACAAGCCACUGGCUAAAGUAGGUAGAGUGCAUUAUUACUAUCUGUUUCACUGAAGUUGUUAGAGAAUAUUACCUGUCCACUGCAGUAUAAACUCAGAUUACCGUGUUUUUAAAAUUUGUAUUUUAUGCCGUUCACCCAGUCAGGAUGAAUUACAUGUAAAGAAAAUGCUGAACACACAGUCCUGUUCAGUCUUUCCUAUCCUUGGCUCAGCUGGUCCAUUGCCUUAUGUUACCACAGACUCUAAGUGAGUGUCAUUUUUCUCUUGAUUUUAAGAGCUACAGAUAUAAGUAUAAAGGAUGAAACCAUUUCACAAUCUUGACUGUAUGUACGACUUGUUUUGGGGGAAAUAAAGCUCCAUAGAAACAUGUUGCUAAAUACAUACACACAUGUCAAUAUACAAAAACUUUUGAUACCUUACUAAGUAUUAAAGUCAGUUUAACAUAAUAAUGAUUAAAAUUAGAGUAUUCUACUGGUCUGGAGGAAGGGAGGAGUUAGCUGUUACUGAGUUGCUGGAGGUGAGUGUACAGCUGUAUAUAGGAGCACGCAGACGGGCUAAGCACCAAAACUCAACACACAUGCAGUGCUUUACUUUAACCCCAAAGUGACCGCUGAUGGUCUUGGAUUUUAAACCUGCUCUGAUUUUAAUUCUUUGUGUUGAUUUGAGACCAGAGGCUCCCUUAUCGCUCUAUUUUCUUUUUUUGCACCUGCAACAUAACAGAUUGUCCUUCAUUGGAUAUACAUAUAUAAAUAUAUUAAAAAAAAGUAUAUUAACAAACUUAAAGCAGGUUUUUACUUCAACAAGGUGCCACUUCAUGCUGCUGUUUUCCUCUUUUUUUUCUGGACAGAACUAAGUCUCUUGCAGAAGUUGUGAUUAUUUAUGUCGAGCAGACAGUCUGUUGGAUGACACACACAGUAUGUGAAUGUUUUGGAUUCCCACUUUGCUUUGUUGUUUUCUUUUUUUUUAGUUGUCUCUUUUUGUUCUUCUUUCUUUGGUUUACAUUAGUUAGAAGAUAUACAGUAAAGAGGCUGAGGACACGACACAGAUGAGACAUUCUGGGUUUGAAUCUGUCCCAGGUGGUGAAGAAUCGGAGAAUAGCACAUGUACGAAGCAAUAAGUCGGACUUUGGAGCUCCAGGAUAUAAAAGAAAUUUAAAAAGAGAUGUAUAAACUGUAAAAAAAAAAAAUUAAAAUUAAAAAAUAAAACAAGAUAGCAUAAUUUAUGUACACACUGAAAAGAAGAAGAGCGAAUAUUAUAACUAUAAGAGGUUAUUAUUAAUAUUAUUAGGGUCAAUAUGCAAAAAGUUCAUACCCAUCUGUUUUAU